AGAAGAUAACAUGGCUGCUGGAUUUGUUUAUUGGAUAGCCGAAGACAAAUUGCAGCGAUUAUCUGAAGCUUUUCAGCUAUUUAUAAAUCACAACGGCUGGAAAGAUGACAUCCAAGCCUCCACUUAUCUUACCUUUGGAUGUCAAAGCUACAACUUCACAAAGAACCAUAUCUUCAAAAAAGUAAAAUGGCAAAGUUCAACAGAAUUUAUCAUAAACCUCUACAGGGAACAUAGCACAAAAAAGCCAUUCUGUGAUUCCAUCUUUAAUCUAAAAGAACAGCUGGUAGCUCUUCAGCUGAUUAUGGCACAACUCAACAAAGAGGAAACUGGAGAGUUUGCAGUGAAAAUGCAUGAUGUGCUUGAAGCCCAUGAAGAAAUUAUGAAGUACAAGUUGUCAAUGGAUGAGGAAGAAAAUUCAAUUUCUAAGUUAUGCACAGCCUAUAACAAGUUUCUGUUGCACUGCAAUUCUGUGGACUUUGCUGAUGUCUUUCAGAGAGUCAAAACAUGUUUUAUCAUGGACAGUAAUGUCAAAGACAUGCUUCAAAUUUCGCAACAGUUUGUUGUCACUGGGAAGCCAAAGACACAACUAGAGCAACAAAUUCUUCAGCUGAUGGUUGGAAACAGAACCUUGAUCUGCUUCACAGAGACAGAAGAUGGUCAACACUCACUAUCUGAGAAAACAGCUGAUAUGCUCCUGCAUAGAGAAGUACCAGCAGAUGUGCUUGGUGACCAAUUACUAAACAUAUCUCCACAGCGAAGGACCCCCAGUCCUGCUCUAUCUCAUUCAGUUUCACAAGAAUCAUUGGCUCAGGAUCAAUUUCUGAAGGUUUGUCUGAGUUACCUCAGACUCCUGGUGAAUUCUAGAGAUGAACUAGCUCUUUCUCAGGCUAUCAAUAUACCUCACAGGGACUUGGCUCACAAACAGUUUACAGUAUUGAGGAAGGUUGCUCGGGAAAAAAACAUGCCCAUGUUUCAGACAGCUGUCUCCUUUAUUCUGAGGAUACGAUUAGGUGGGAAGAGUUAUGCACCAAGCAAUGACAACCCACUUCUUCCAUUAACUAAGGGUCUUGGAGAGUUUGUCACUUUUUUCCAAAAGCUACAAAAUGUCUGUGAAGAAAUAGCUGAUGCAAAAAAUGCUGUCUUAAGAAUUAUCAACAUGCUCAAAGUAAGCAUUAUGAAAUCCAAAGAAAAGGUUUUUACAAAUGAAUGCAUUGCCAAAACUGUGGAAUCUCUGAAAGAAAAGGUGGAAGAACUAAGCUGCAAAACAGGUGAUGGUGACAAAACAAAGUCAUCCAUGGCAGGAAUGAAUGUGUAUUUCCUGAUUCAGGCUGUUUUAGAUGAGCAUGUCAAGCAAAGUUGUCUCCAGGGAUAUGAAACAAUGGACUUGAGAUGUGCCCUUAUGACACCAGAAUUACCUCAUGGAAAAUCUAAAAUACGAUCUACACUAAGUCAGUUCAGAACACCUGAUUCUGAGUCUUCAGAAGCAGCCGUUACACCACCAAAGGACCAGCCGCCAAAACACAAACCUGAAAAGAAACCAUUUGAAAGUUAUAGGAAAGUGUGUGGUGAUAUGAGCUGGGCCAAACCUGCUUACAGCAUUCAGAUAGGACCAAGUCCUGCCGACAAAAGAGACCAAAUGAUGACUGCUGCCAUAAACACUGAUAUUUUAACAUCUCAUCAGGAAAGUGGCAAUGAAUCUUACAUUAAGGAUACACCGAAAUGUCACACCAAGAAAAGAACUUUAACAGAAUCUAUGUGCGACAAGGAGAACAUUCCAACUGGUAACAAAACCAUAAAUGAUGUUAAAAAACCACCAGCCAAACGUAUGCUCCUCGAGACAGACAUUACUGCAAAAAAGAGCUCAAAGGGCAAAACUAAAACAAAAACAUUGUCCAAAAGAAAAAAGAUUCCAUUACUUCAAGGACAAAAACAGCUUACCAAUUUUUUUAGGUGAUAUGUUGUAUCAAAACAAACAUCACAAAAUUUUAUUCAUUUUCAUACGUUAUUUUAUUUUAGA